AUGGAACAAAGUGAGGGCGAGCAGGCGCCCCAGCCAGAGACUCAUGAGGACAGCAAGAGCAAUGUGAAAUCCUUGCCUGGGAUAGCUGUCAGUGUCUGGGGAGAAAUAAAAAAACAUGCAGUUACAGAUGACUAUAAGCUCUCCAAACGGGUGCUAGGCUUGGGUGUUAAUGGCAAAGUACUGGAGUGUUUUAACAAGGUGACAGAGCAGAAAUGCGCUUUAAAGCUCCUGUAUGACAGCCCGAAAGCACGACAGGAGGUGGAUCAUCACUGGAGGGCAUCAGGGUGUCCCCAUAUUGUCCAUAUUCUGGAUGUGUAUGAGAACAUACAUCAGGGGAAAAGAUGCCUCCUCAUCGUCAUGGAAUGCAUGGAGGGAGGGGAACUAUUCAGUAGGAUCCAGGAGCGAGGAGACCAAGCUUUCACAGAGAAAGAAGCCUCUGAGAUAAUGAGAGACAUCGGAACAGCCAUCCAGUAUCUGCAUGCAGUGAACAUUGCCCAUAGAGAUGUCAAGCCUGAAAACCUACUUUACACAUCCAAAGAAAAGAAUGCAGUACUCAAGCUCACAGACUUCGGUUUUGCCAAAGAGACCACUGUACAGAAUGCACUGCAGACGCCCUGUUACACUCCUUAUUAUGUGGCCCCGGAAGUCCUCGGUCCUGAGAAAUAUGACAAAUCAUGUGACAUGUGGUCUCUUGGUGUCAUCACAUAUAUUCUCCUGUGUGGGUUUCCUCCAUUUUACUCCAACACCGGACAAGCCAUUUCCCCAGGGAUGAAAAGGAGAAUUCGGAUGGGGCAAUAUGGGUUUCCCAAUCCAGAAUGGUCUGAAGUAUCAGAAGAAGCCAAGCAGCUGAUUCGUCACUUGCUUAAGACAGACCCGACUGAGAGAAUGACGAUUUCUCAGUUUAUGAAUCAUCCUUGGAUUAACAAAUCAAUGGUGGUACCGCCAACCCCUCUUCAUACUGCACGGGUCCUGCAAGAGGAUAAAGACCACUGGGAUGAAGUGAAGGAAGAGAUGACAAGUGCUUUGGCUACCAUGAGAGUGGACUACGACCAAGUGAAAAUCAAAGACUUGAAAACAUCCAACAACCGCCUCCUCAACAAACGCCGCAAGAAACAGAAACAGGCAGGCACCUCCUCCGCAGCCCCAGGAUGUAACAACCAAUGA